UUCUGUACAUUCGUAAAUCAACAACAACUUACAAGUCGCGUUUUUUCGUGGAUAAACCAAACGCGCAGGAGGCAUGUCGCGCGCGAAAGAAAACGCUCGCAUCGACGUCAUCGCGCGUGACUAGAAAGAAUCAUGGCCGACAGAACAGAUCGGAUGGACGAGAGAGCUCCUCUGCUGAGCAACAGCGCCAGCGGCAGCAGCAGACGCCCAACUCGCAGGUCCACCACGCAGCGUCUGUGGGGCAGCAGCUACCACCAGGGAGCGCUGCUCGACCAGAGACCCGCGUGGAAGAAGAAGGUCGCCUGCGCAGCGAUCCUCAUCACCGAGAUCCUCGAGCGCGUCGCGUUCUACUCACUCGCAGGCAACCUCGUCCUCUUCCUCAACAAGCGUCCGCUCGAGUGGGUCUCGUACGACGCCUCCGUCGCCGUGCUCGUCUUUCUCGGCUCCUCGCACCUUGCCGCGCCGCUGUUUGGCUGGAUCGCCGACAGUUGCCUCGGACGCUUCUGGACGGUCUGCCUCAGCCUGAUGGUCUACAUAGUGGGUUACUCGUUCCUGCCGCUCGUCGCGUCUCCGCGAGUCGACGUCGCCCGCAUCUGCUCCUACGCCGCCUGGCGGACAAUCUUCUACCCGGGUAGUACGGCAGUCGCCGACGUCGACGACAGGGGAGCGGGCGAGGGCGGGCCGCACUGCGCGUGGCUGGUCUACUUUUCACUCGUCAUCGUGGCGCUCGGUUCAGGCGGCGUGAAAGCGAACAUAGCUCCGUUUGGUGCGGAUCAGGUGAUGAGUGAGGGACCGUCGGUGAUGCGAUCAUUCUUCAACUGGUUCUACUGGUGCGUCAACAUCGGCGCUCUCACCGCGCUCGGACCCAUAGUCUACAUACAGGUCGAGAUCGAAUAUUACGGCUUCUAUCUCGGAUCAGCGGCAGACGAAGAGAUAGAGACGUCCGUCGCCGCGGGGACCGAGCCUUCCUGUCUCGACCUGGCCAAGGUCCAGUAUGGGGGGAGCUUCGACGAGGGGGUCGUGGAAGAUGUCAAGUCCCUCGGCAGCAUCCUGUGCGUCUUCGUCGCCUUCAUUCCGUACUGGAUGCUGUACUUUCAGAUGGAGACGACAUAUCUCAUGCAGGGCCUGCACAUGCGACUGGAAAGCAGGGAUGCUGACGACGCUGCCGGGGGGAUGCCGCAUCCAGACGUGUUCCAGAUCCCGGCGGCGUGGCUCACACUGUUUGACGUCGUGCUUCUCAUCCUGCUCAUCCCGCUCUUCAGCCAGCUCAUCUAUCCCGCACUCGAUCGCAGGAAGAUGCACUGCCCCCUGCUGCUGCGCAUCGUCACCGGCAUGUUCUUUGCCGUGUUGUCGGUGUGUCUGGCCGGAGGAGUGGAGAUGUACAGACUGCAGGCUAUCUCUCAGAGCAACAAUACUAUUGUACAGGUUAUCGGCAACACCACCUACUAUGCGGCUGAUGUCUCCAUCUGGUGGCAGGUUCCACAGUACACGUUGAUCGGAGUCAGUGAGGUGUUUGCAACUGUUGCAGGUCUGGAGUUUGCCUACUCGGCGGCGCCACGGUCUAUGCAGAGUAUCAUCAUGGGCCUGUUCUGGAUGUUCACGGGGAUCGGCAGCCUUCUGGGAACGGGGUUCAUGGUGCUGCUGAUGGCGAUCGCUCCGACCUGGUUCCCAAACAAAGAUGCCGAGGCUGCCGAUCCCCAGCUGAAGCAUCGAGAACAGGCGCCCAUGAUGCAUACUCUGCAUUAG